CGGGUGCGAGCCUAGAAGGGCAAAGCGGAAACGGAAGUGGUGGCGGGGCCUUCCCACGUGGCUGGUGCUAGCCAGCAAGCCAGACGGGCCUCGUUCGUUGCAGGAGCAAGCUACUUUUGCUUUUGUCCCGGCGGCCGAAGCGUCUCGCGCCGCAUUCCGUCGCGCUGCAUCGCCGCCUUCUCCUUUCUCCCUCGCCCGCUGCGUCUGGUCCAGGAGGAUGGUGCGCAAGCUGAAGUUCCACGAGCAGAAGCUGCUCAAGAAGCUCGACCUGGUGAACUGGGAGGCGGCGGCGGGCAACCUGGCCGAGGUGCGGGUCCUGCGGCGCUACCGCCUGCCGCGCCGGGAGGACUACACGCGCUACAACCAGCUGAGCCGGGCGGUGCGGGAGCUGGCGCGCCGCCUCCGGGACCUGGGCGAGGCGCCGGCCUCGGCGGCCUUCCGCGCGCGCAGCACGGCCGCCCUGCUGGAGAAGCUCUACGCGCUGGGGCUGGUGAGCUCCAAGCGCUCGCUGGAGCAGUGCGAGCGCGUCUCGGCCUCCUCCUUCUGCCGCCGCCGCCUGCCCUCGCUGCUGCUCAAGCUGCGCAUGGCCCAGACCAUGAAGGCCGCUGUCACCUUCGUGGAGCAGGGCCACGUGCGCGUCGGGCCCGAGGUGGUCACCGACCCGGCCCUGCUGGUCACCCGCGCCAUGGAGGACUUCAUCACCUGGACCGACUCCUCCCGCAUCCGCCAACACGUCCUCGACUACAACCAGGAGCGCGACGACUUCGACCUGGCUUGCUAGGCUGGCGCCCCCCCAGUCACGUGCGCGCUUCGCCCAGGUGGCCUCCGUGGGCCCCCCGCAGGUUUCGCCUCGGUGCUUUCCUUUGGGUCGCCCGCUUCUUUGGACUGGGAAUCGGGCAUCCCCUCUCGGAGGGCGACACGCCUCCUGCCUCACGUUCCUUCUGGGUCCCUGACCUGGCCUUCCAAGAUGGGGGGAGGCCGUUUGGACACGGUGCUUCGUGUUCUUCUGAGGGCGAUUUUGCCAUCGUGGCGCCUUCUCUUGAGUUUGUUGGAGAAGAACAAAAACUUCAGGCAGGGACUUGAAAACCGAACUCAGCUGCUGGUAUUUGUCCCAGUGUCCGCCAGAGGGAGGUGGUAGGCAAAGGGUUUCUGAGCAAGUCCGGAGCAAGGAAUUGCUCACAGGCUGUGUGGAAAAGGCCCUUGAUCAAACCUUUGUUGUGCUUCUAGCAGAGUCCUCUUCCAGGGCUACAGGGGUAAAUAACUAGGUUGUAUCUGCCUGGAAUAAAAACACCAACCCCAGACUUCUAAUCCAUCUUCUUGAAUGCUUUAAUUAAAAUGCACCUUGUGGCCCUCACUUGUGAUCAGGGACUGGAUGGCUGCCUACAACAAAGCCACACAACUGUUUGCACAGAGAGACUGCUUUUUCUUAUCUCUGCAAAAUGACUAGUUACUCAUGGCCAUCAAUGUGCUGAGGUGUUUGGAGUGCUAAGGCUUUGUAAUUAAGCACACUGGCCUGCAGGUGGUUACAAAUGGUUGUAUAUGGGUCAUUUCCGGUGAAACUGGUCCCCUUUAAUACGGUUAAAAGGUUACCUAAUUGCUUGUGGGGGAGUGGUUAAUUUGAACCCCUCUUCUGGGUAUAGACCAAACUCUAAAGUAGUAGCUGAGCUGCCUUUAGAGGAAUGGUGUGCUGGCAUGCUGGGUGAGUGCGGGGAGCUAUGCGUGCCAAUGCUUCUCUCUCUGUGAUUAAAAGGGGCUUAAUCCUC